AUGCGUUUCCAUACCGUCGUCGUGCCUGUCCUGGCCGUCUUCGCGGCUGCCGUGGCAGCGGCGUCUGGCCCCGAUGCUGGCAUCAUGAACCCUUUGGAAGCACGCCCGGGCGACUGUGGUACGAAUGGCGUCGCUGGGGGCCAAUGCGCAGAGGCCUUCGAGCAGAGCGAUUGCAACGGGUCCCGCGUGAACUUCAUCAAACCCGACUGCUCGCAAACUUGCAAUAAAGUCGCCGAGAAGCGCGUCAGCAGUCUCAGAGUCUCUGGCGACGGGAAUGUCGGCAGCACUGUAACGUGCUACAUGUACUCCGAUGAGAAUUGCAAUGCGGAGGUCCGCAGGUCCAGUGCUGUAUCUCAAUCUUGGCAGAGACAGUGUCUUAAAGCAGAAGGCCAGAAUGUCAAGAGCUGGAAGUGCCUCAAGGGGUGCUGAGAGUCAACGGCAGCCUGACGGCGACAAGUGUUGAAUUAGAGUGGUCGUUUUUACCCGGUUACCUUCAUAUGAACCGUCAGCCUUGUGUUCAUAUCGCGAUGAAUCAACACCUUCAUUAUCGGAAAUAGGCAUUGUUACUUCGUAUCCGCUUGUUCGAUCACGUCCCCACACGUAGUCAGUUUCUCGUGGCCAGACGAUGGCUGACGGACUCAAUGCGACAGAGAUCCCACCAUUACAG